CGGGGCGGAGCCGAGCCACCCAGUCACCAAGCCGCCCGCUGAGGGCGGAGCGAGCACCGCAUAACUGGGACUCGGGUCUGAUCGCGCAGUUCGCACGGCCUGGUCUGGGGCGGACCCAGGAGGAGAAUCCCCCAGCCGCGAUCCCCAUGGGGCUGUGUUUUCCCUGUCCCACGGAGGCCGCGCCUCCUUCGCCGGACCUGGAAGAAAAAAGAGCAAAGCUUGCAGAGGCUGCAGAAAGAAGACAGAAGGAGGCUGCAUCUCGGGGCAUUCUGAACGUUCAGUCUGUGGAAGAAAAGAGAAAGAAAAAGGAAAAAAUAGAAAAAGAAAUGGCUGCAUCUGGACCCCCACCAGAAGGUGGCCUUAGGUGGACAGUUUCAUAAAGCAUAACACGAGUGGAAGAGUCUACUGCCAAUAAUUAAUAUCUGCAGUCAAGCGGACAUCCUCAAUUUAAUUUCUUCUCUUUGAAUAAAUGAAGAUUCAGACUUCGUAAUUUUAGUGCUCUUAAAUGCAGUGCUUUUUCAAAAUUGAAUAUUGAAAAUGCUUUUGAUUGUUAGACUUAGAAAAUGGCCAGACCUUUCAUUAAAUAUUUAUUUUCCCUACAUUUGCUCUUCUGCAGACAGUGGGUGAUUUGCCGUUUUUUAGUAGUUAAAACAUGGGCCUAAAUAGUGAAUAUAUAUUUAUAUAUUGCAUGGAAAAAUUCUGCAUACAUCUCAGAUAUUAAAGUUUGCACUUGUAUUUUCCCUCCUUUAUAAAAUGACCUAGCUAUUUAUAGUUUGCCGAUUAACCUUAUAUCUCUUUAUUUCAUUAUAUGUGAAGACUUUUGCUUAAACUUAUGGACUUAGUGCCUUUAAACUGAUCAUCAGGGAAAAUCUUGAAAAAUCAUUUGAAGGGCUUAUAUGAAGGAACACUGUAAAUUUUUAUAACUUACUAAGAAAUUAAUAUUUGUAGAAAACACUGAAUUUCCCCUAAUUUAUUUUCUACUUCUGUAGCUUAUAAAAUUAACAUACUGUGUUUUACAUUAUAAUACUUUUUGGAUUUUUUUUGCUUGCUGAGUUUAAAAUUAUAUAUUAGUGGUACCAUCAGAGGGCAGUGAUGUACUAUUAUACAGUAUCAGAUUCAGCUCUAUAAAGAUCUUUGCAGUAAUUGAAUGAGUUAAACUAAGAAUCUGGAUGGGUUAAAUAUAACAAAGUAUAGUGGUAAUGUGUUUGUCCACAUUUCAUAGGUGUUUUUAUUCUUUUGUAUUUAUUAAAGAACGAUCAUAAGAUUUAUAUAGAUGUCAAAUUACCAAGGCAAGUAUGAAUAUAUGAAAGAGGAAUAUGUAAGUACUGUAUUUAAAAAGGUCUACUUUAAACAUAAAAAUAUUGUGAGGUAAUUCUAUAUGAUACAUUGCCAUAAACUGUGUAGAUUUUUGUUCAUUUGUAACAUGUAUUAUAACAUAUUUGGUUUUUUGAGUUUUUUAAUAUAUAAUAAGCUAAAAUAGAAGAACUGCUGUGUCUUUUAAUUUGGUUGCUCUUUUGGAUGACAAGGCCACAGUCUGAGCCCUAAAUUAGAAUUUUCAAAUAUCAAGUACAAUAGGGACUGUAAAUUAAAUAGACCAGCUCAUUUGAUUUACAGAAAGGAAACUGAACCACUAUCUCGCUCUUCCGUCCCACAAAUCUUGUGUUAUAUUGCAGUAUGUUAUAUAUGUUAAUUUUAAAGAGUUUGAACUAGAAUAUAGAUCUCUUGACUCCUCACUGGAAAAAUCACUUCCUUCUAUUACAGAAUGAAAUAUCUGUGACUAUCCAGGUAAGAUAUGUAGUUAUAGACAGGUUCAAUUUUAAGUUUUAGAGAAUUAGUGGUAUGUUUGUUCAUAAAGGAUAGUGAAGCCAUUGAGUUAUAUUUUAGAAAUAUAAUUUUUGACUUUUUCAACAUGAUUAAUUUUUCCAAGGCAGAAAAGAAAAGGAACAUUAAUAGAUGAAUGGAUAUAGAACCAGAGCAUACUAUCCUAGAACUGUGCACGUCCUUGCUUCUGUUUUAGUAUGGAAAGAACAAUUUUAUCUGUAUUACAGCUUAGAGAAUUACAGCUUGGGUUAGUGUAAACAAAAGGUUUACAUCUAGGGGAUAAUGCUCUAUUUCUAAUAGCAGUUUAUAUCCAAAUACCAUGCUUAUUUACUGUUGAACCAAGAAUGCUGUGCUGAUGAAUUGCUUUCUAGGAACAGUGGGAUAUGCCAUUCCUGCCAAUCAUGGCCUGCCUCCAUGGGUGUGAUCGUGUUUCCUCAAAACCACAUGGGUUGCAUGGGCUAAGGGGUGAUACUCAAUGUUAGGAAUAGUGUUAGGAAGGGGAAGGAAAAAGGAGAGACUGGAUGCGUGAUAGGAAACCAAUAAGUGACUACUUAAAAAAAAAAUGUAUACACACAUACACAUAUUCCAGGAAUCUUCCUCAAAGUUAUGAAUCAGUUCCUGAUGAAAACUUAGCCUAGAGCCAGUUUCCCGUAAUUCAUAAUUUAAAUAGGAAAGCAUUAUAAUGAUUGAUAUGUCACCCAAACUCCCCAACCAAACUACUAAAAUAAAACCAAACAGUAAAAUGCUUAUAUGUAACUAUCAUGUUGAGAUAUAAAAUGCUUAAAUCACUACGUCUUCAUUCUAAUCAUUAAACUAUUACUAUGGUAACAAAGAGUUGUAUAUUACCACACAGCCCCUUUGCUAACGUGCUGCAUGUUUUUUAAAACAUCUGUAUGUGAUACUUUUGUUCCACUGAUUGGAAUGUAAUUAAUAGUUUUGUUAUAAAUGCUGUACUGCCUUACAGGGUACAAAUAUACA